AUGGAGUUAACAACCACUGCCACUUACACAACCACCACCGCUGUAAUCAAAACCCCAGAAGCUGAAAGUGAAGCCCCAAAUCGGAUCCGAACCUGUAAGCCCUUAACCUUCACCAACGGCGUACUCAAGCGCCACCACACACUCCAUCAGCUCCACCACAACCACAAGCCACCGGCGUUGGUCACUUACAAAGAAUGCCUCAAGAACCACGCGGCAAGCUCGGGUGGCCACGCAGUGGACGGAUGCGGAGAAUUCAUGCCCUCCCCAACCGCCACCCCCACAGAACCCACUUCGCUAAAAUGCGCCGCUUGUGGUUGCCACCGCAACUUUCACCGCCGUGACCCCGAAAAACCUCUACAAGUCCAACCACCCGACACCGUCCCUAUCAUCGAGUACCAAUCCCACCACCGCCACCACCCUCCUCCACCGCCACGACCUUUACGUGACAGCAGCCCAAACUCCCCGUCCCCACCACCGAUCUCUUCCUCUUUCUACCCAUCAGCUCCCCAUAUGCUCAUCGCCCUCAGCACCGGCUUAUCAGGCCCAUCACCGGACAAUUAUCCAACAAUCGCCACUACAGAUGGUAUAAUUGCAAGCCCGAUUUCUCGGAAGCGAUUCAGAACCAAAUUCACUAGAGAUCAGAAAGAAAAAAUGCUGGAACUUGCCCAGAGAAUUGGGUGGAAGAUGCAGAAGAGGAACGAAGACUUGGUAAAUGAAUUCUGUAGCGAACUUGGUGUGGAGAAAGGCGUCUUUAAGGUUUGGAUGCAUAACAACAAGAACACUUUUUGCAAGAGAGAGAAUGCUAACCUCAGCGACAACAACGGUAAUGUUAAUGGAAUCAACUACCACGACCUUCACCAUGUUGAUGACAAAGACAACCACCAUCAAAUCCCAAAUCCCCAGCUCCACAACAGUAGUAGUGUUGAAGUUCAUGUUGUUCAAACUAAUGGGUCUUGUUCUUCUUGA